GAAAAUUAUUUGCUUAAACGUCAAAAAUUUUAAGCUCUACUGCUUUGUAUAAAUUUGUAUCCGAAAAGGCCUCGAUAUCAUUCUUUCAUUUAAAAUUCGUCCAACCUGUGUACCUAUUCGCCUAUUGAAUGUGUUAAUUUGAAUCUAGAAAUUCCUGUUCGUUUAACAUUUGUUGUUGUAUCCAUCGAUACGGUUAAUUCUGAAACAUAAUUUCAAUUCGAGCAAUAGAAAAAAGUUCAUUGGGAAAAAUGUCUUAUAAAUCUGAUAAGAAGGCGGAAAAGGACCAAGCUGAUAGCAAGGACACGACACAAAAUUCGUGUGUAGUUUGUUUCAAGCAUACGGAAAUCUUUUCGAUUGGAGAAUGUGAACAUGUCGUUUGCUAUGAAUGCUCAGCGCGUCUAAGAGUUUUGUUGAAGCAAAACGAUUGUAUGAUAUGUCGUGCCGAGUUGUCACAGGUUAUUUUCACUACGGAAAUCAAACCGUUUAUAAAGUUGACGGCUAUGAAUCGAUCUGGAUUAUAUGACACGAAGUAUCGCAUUUGUUUUACGUCACCGCGAGCACAAGCUGCUUUUUAUAAACUACUUGAAAAUCCGUGUUCUGUUUGCGAUGUUCCACCGUUUCCGACGUUUGGAGCAUUGAAGGAUCAUAUGAGGAAAGAGCAUGAAUUAUUUUACUGUGACAUAUGUACGGACAACUUGACAGUUUUUUCAUUUGAAAGGAAGUGUUACAAUCGAGUCAAUUUAGGAUUGCAUAGACGCCGUGGAGAUACCGACAACACAUCCCAUAAGGGUCAUCCUAUGUGCGAGUUCUGUGACCGUAGAUAUUUGGAUCGUGAUGAAUUAUUCAGACAUCUUAGGCGAGAGCACUACUAUUGUCAUUUCUGUGAUGCUGAUGGGCUAAAUCAUUACUAUGCUGAUUACGACGCACUGAAGGCACAUUUCCAGUCGCAUCAUUAUCUCUGUGAAGAAGAAAGCUGUGCUGAAGAAAAGUUUACAUCGGUAUUUCGAUCAGAGAUUGACUUACGAGCUCACAUAGCAAGUACGCACAGCAGGUCAAUUGGUAAAUUAGCAACGAAACAAGCUCGUACCUUAGAAGUCGAAUUCACUCUAGCACCUCGAAGUCGUACGGGUGAAUCGUCACGCGGCUCCAACCGAAACAAUAACCCCGUCGAAGAGGAAUUUCAUUACAAUGAAAACUCAUCAAUAGUUCAACAUGCACCACGGCCAAUCGAUGCGCAAAACGAACAAGAGUUUCCAUCUUUAGCUGGCACAAGUUCAAGUACGUUUAGCGUUCGGCCGAGCGUUUCGAUACGAACCAAAACGUUCGGACCCGGUGGUCUGGCUAGAACGAAAGAAAACUUUCCCGCUCUUGGCGGUAGCAGUUCCGAUGUCAGUCCAGUUCAUAAGCAUAGUAACAACAACAACAACAAUAAUGGCUACAACGCCAGUGCCUUGUUCAAGAACGGUAGCAAUGCGUCGAACGGCACCAACUCUGGAAAGGUUAUGAUACAUCUAUCCAAUCGUCCAUCUACCUCAACAACAACAAAGAAACCUGAAGUUAAUCCGAAAAGCGCCAAAGAUUUUCCGUCGUUGGGCAAGAAGGCUAAUCUUGAUAGCGACUUUGUGCCUUUGGUGCCUGUGAAUCACAACAGCGUUUCCGCAAAACAUCGAUCAAUUGUCAAUCAAACCUAUGAGUCGGCUGGUACUGGUGUUUCAGCAACCAAAGUAGGAGUCGUUGCUCGUGAAAGCGUGUCUGUUCCUUCAACGAACAAACCAGCAGCGAAUGCUCCAAAGUUCAAUUCUAAGGAUAAUUUCCCUGCCUUAGGAAAUGGUACAGAUGUUGCGGCCUCGGCUUCGUGGAUUACAACGAAGAAACCAGUUACCGAAAGUAGAAAGUCGAAGGUAGCUCCGCCACCUCUAUCAACAGCAUCAACAGCUACAACAUCGGUGAAAGUUGAUUCGAAACCAAAUUCAACAACAAGUAAAACGGAAGUGAAAAGCAAUGGGAAAGCAGCCGAUAAAAAAGACAAAGCAAAACCGAAGGUGAGCGAAAAGAAGGAGGAACCAAAGGUUCCGGAAAAGAAAGUAGUACCGAAAGGAAAAGUCAAUAAGAAAACUGAAUCCAAACCACUUGCAAAAAGUGAUUCCGAUGAAUCCGAAUGUGUGCCUUCACAAAGUGUUUUGAAUGUUGUCUCGGCGAAGCAUCGCUCUUUGAUCAAUGGAUACGAUCCAACAAUUCAAACCAACUCCAGCAAAUUGCAAUUCGUCAAACGAGAAAGUGAUACCCCUAGUGAAAAGUCGUCAAAAACUAUUGUGCCAGCGUUUAGUUCUAAAAACAAUUUCCCGUCUUUAAGUGCAAACGAUUCAAAAUAUAGAGAGAACAACAACAACAACAUGGCAAUCAGUUUCAUCGACAUAAUGAAAAAUGCUAAAGAUCCGGUUUCCGAGGCCGAUUCGUCAAAAACAGCUCCUCCUCCCGGUUUCGACAAAUCGAGAAAGAAGCCAACCCAACCUCCGCCCGGUUUCAAUUCCGUCACCCUAAAUUCUGUGGUUAAGCCAACAAAUAAUCUCACCUUCACCAGCUCAUUGGGAGAAAGCUACUCCAUCUUGCCAACGCACCAUUAUCUUCCUCCGAAAAAUUCAACGAAACGAAACAAGGCUUUGUUCGCACAUUUCCAAGAAAACGAGCAACCAGAAACGGUGGAACAAUUCAAAGAAAUUUCGAAGAUGUUUAUCAGUGGAUCGUACCACGCGUUACCAUAUUACGAACACUGUAAAUUUGCGUUGAAAGAUAAAUUCGAUGUGAUUUUCCCCGAAUUGUUAGUAUUACUGCCGGACAUCAGUAAGCAACAGGAGCUGUACUUAGUCCAUUCGCAACAACAGCAGGCAUCUGGCAGCAAAAACAAAAAACCAACGAAAAAAAAUCAAAAUUCAUUACUGGAAGUGUGUGCUACGUGCAAACAAGUACUCGUUCCUAGUGAUUUAUCCUCGCAUUUGCAAUCACAUUCGCUUGAAAAUAAUUUCCCAAAACUUGGCAAUCAAGAUACGGUUAGCAGCACCAGCGCAUGGAAUAAGUAACUAAAUUUCUACACUAAUUUAUUGAAGCAGAGUUUAAAUAUAUUUUUUGUUAAAUAAAACGGAAAUGACAAGGAACAUUUUUCCUGUUCGCGAAAAUAAAUUUUUUGAAAAUUAAAAUAAUUAUUGUACCCGUUAUCAACGAGAUUAAGGAAAUGACAUGCAUACAACCAAUGUUUUUUUCAUUAAAAUUCGUACAGAAAUC